UUUGUUCGCAGCUUCACGUAACAGUGUUUUGUCUGUGUUUUUCCUCGGAUAUGGACGUUGUAGUUGUCAUCUUUAGCCAUCACUAACGUUAGCUCUUUCUUGCUCUGUAAGAAUAGCAUCACUGUAUGGAAUACUGUUGCUUUUGUUGUCUACUCUCAACGAUGCCACUUUUCUUCCCCGGACUCCACCGAUAGUUUCUCCCGUCCUGCCUUCAUUUAUAAACCGAAAGAGAAAUCUGAAAGUUCAGAGGACCAUGUCUAGGAAGUGAGCUUCAGCGAUGGAAGGGAAAGGCCCAUACCGCAUUUAUGAUCCAGGUGGGAGCGAGGUCAAAGCCAGGGAGGAGGCUGGAGGGAGCAGCUAUCGACAGCUUUUGGAGGAGAACAGCAUACUGAGGGAGAGGAUGAAGGGACUUAAAAGCUUAGGAGAUUUGUUGGAAGAGUCUCAGUCGGAGGCAUCGAGGCUUCGCCAGAGAGUAGAGGAGCUUGUGAGAGACAACGAAGCCCUUAAGUCCUCGAGCAUUGCUGCCAGUCUGUGUAUGGGAGGACACAUUCAAACUGAGACACAAAGUAGGUCUCAACACUUGGAUGGUCAAGGCAAAUCCUGUUUGCAUCCCUCUGCAGAGCAGAAGGAGGAGCAAACAAUCUGUUUAGGGAAAGCCAUCCAGCCUGAAAAGCCCAUUGAGGCCUUAUCAGAGUUUGAAGUGGUUAAUAUGGAGGGGAAGACUGCAGAUACGUUGACGGCGGGGUCGGUGGCUGGAGUAAUCCCCCUCUUGCCUCAGGAGAACAUCGAGCUAGCAAGCCAGCUGAAGAGACUGGAGAGCUCCUUCAGUAUAUUUGCAGAGGAGUCUAACCCGAACCAGCUGUUGGCUCACCUUGGCCGUAUGGCUGUAGAGUUUCACCAUCUUUCCUCUAAAGUACAGAAGAAUGAACAGAGGACAUCCCUCCUACAGACUCUCUGUGAGCAGCUCAGACAGGAGAACAAUGAGCUUCGAAAGAAAAUGGAAGAGGAUCAUCAUAUCAGGAAUCGGGACUUGGAACAGCUGAGGCAGGAGAAUCAGAAACUGAAGGAGCUGGUGACGGGAGGAGCAACAGGAGCAGCAUCUGCAGCGCAAUCUGACACUGAAGCUCCAGAAGCCAAAGAGGAGCCGGUGAAGGAGGAAUCCACUGCUGUUCGACCCAAAAUGGAGGCCAACACACCGCAGAAGAGUGGAAAAGCUGCUGAAAAAACCCCAACUAAACCUUGUGAUGUUGAGGUGUAUGAAAAGAAGAUCAAACUUUUGGAGAAGCAGAGAAAGGAUGUACUGGAGGUGAACAAGCAGUGGGACAUUCAGUGGAACUCCAUGAAGUCACAGUUUGAACAGAAGAUCACAGACCUCAGACAGCGCCUGGCGGAGUCCCAGAAAACUGUGCUGGAGCUGGAAGCAGAGCGAGAACAGAGGCAGCGUGACUAUGACAAGAAGCUGCUGCUGGCCAAGUCCAAGAUCGAAAAUGUGCAGGGGGAGAAGGAGUGUCUCAACUCUGAGACCACGGAGCUGAAGCAGAAGAUUCGGUAUCUGCAGGAUCAGCUGCUGCCGCUCAGCAAACAGAGAGAGUAUCAGGAGAAGGAGAUCCAACGCCUCAACAGGGCUUUAGAGGAAGCCUUAAACCUGCACUCCCCAUCAUCCUCUCAACAACCACCUGGCCAGGGGAACUUUGCAGAUGCAGCAAACAACCUGAAAAAACAGGAAUUACUCACACAAAUCGCAGUACUAAAGGAACAGGUGAAAAUCUUUGAAGAAGACUUCAGAAAAGAGAGGAGUGACAGAGAGCGAAUGAAUGAGGAAAAAGAGGACUUGAGGCGACAGGUUGAGCGACUCCAGGGUCAGAUUACUAAUUUGACCAAUCAGCUUCAUCAGGCACAGAAUGAGUGUCAGAGGGAACGUACAGAAAGGUGUAAACUGGAGAGACUGCAAAUGCAGCAUCACAAACAGGGGCAGCAGCAGGAAAGACGUACCUCAGACCCCACGUCAGGCUCAGUGAACGGCCCGCUGAGCCCUCCCUACUGUGGUCCCUUUGUGCAGGUGGGACCGCAGGGCCUUGAGGGCUGGCCCAUACACUUCCCUCCCAGGAUGCCCAAUGCAGCAGGCGCCGCAGCAGCACCGCCCCCAGUGCGAGACUUCCAGCCUGUUACCCCGGGUUUUCCUUGGCAAUCUUCAUUCUCGCAGCCGAGAGGGGCCAGAGCAGUAGGGGAGAGUUCAAGACCACCACCAGAGAAUGCAGAUCAGUCUGCGGCGGCAGCAGCAGCAGCAGCAGCGGGAUUCGGAAAAAGGGAGCGACAGAACAUUGAUCCUGGAAAGCACUAAGCAUCACCGUACCCACCAAAUGGAAGCUGGGUAGUAGCAUGAAUCAGUUUGUUUUUGAGUUGACAAGGUGUGAUUUGAUCCAUAAUUUUCCUACUGAACUGUAGAUAUCCUAUUGUAAUGUUGUUUAUACUUGCGUUUUAUAAGGCUAUUUGUGAAACACUUCGCUAUUCUGAAUAUAUACAUUAAAUAUUAUUUAGAUUUUUUUAUCAGGAACUGAAGUCAUUUGUUAAAUAGGUUGGAAUAAUGACAUUGAUUUUUUUUUUUCCAGAAAAAUAUACCUAUGUGAUUGUCUCUCUGCAAAUAUGUAACAACUUGACACUUAGUUUGUUACAUGUAGGGUUACAGGAAGCCAUUCCCCAAUACGAAUAAGACUACAUAUAUUCAUUCCAACACUGAAUGAUUAUAUACGUAGGUACAUUGAAUCAUAGGACUUUCAAUGUGAAUGUUAAUUGAUUUAUGAAGAUUUCUUCAGUACCAUUGAUGUUAUAGAACUGUCCCAUAUGUGUAACUGUUCAAAAGUGGUUGUUGAAAUACAAAAUUUUUGGGAAAUGAAUUUUGAUGGUAUCAUACCAAAUACAUGAUUGUGAUUAUUGAUAAUUUAUUUAUAACCUGCUGUUUUGAUAGUUGCAUUGAAUAAGUGUAAAUCAUUGUCUUUAGUAAUGCUGUUCUUUCUAUGUUGUUAGUGUAAUCCCAAUAUAUUGUAGCUAUUGACAUUGUAUGUUUGUAUCAGACAAUACACAAUGCACAGUACAUACACAAUCUUUUUUUCCCAUGAUGAUGGACCUAAUCUCAUUAAACACAGCACUUCAACUUGAGCACAUUUGAUUUGAUAAUUUGACCACUCAUUACAAUAUUCAUAUUCAUCUUAAUGUAUCCUGUACUAUUACCCACAGUUUAUUCCCAGAAACAAACAAAUGCCAUCACUUUCAUUCUAAAAUAGUUCAAAUUAAUGAGUUCUGAUCAGUGGAACUAUUACAACCAGUACUGAAACAUUGGCAGUCUGCUUGAGCAGCACAAGUACAGAUUUGCAUUGGUUUUUGAAGGCCCUAGACCUGGUGUUACAGCAGUACAGCCGCUCCUCAGAGGAACACCUCUGUCAGGAAGUCUGGCUUUGCUUUCUGUCCACUUUAACAACCAGCAAUCCACACCUCACCGACUGACCUGUGAACUGCUGUAACACAAAGUCAAGAGCCCUUCUGAGAGACGGGAUCCACACCUCAAGGUAACAUGUUACUAUUCCAAAAAAAAAAAAAGCCGAUUCAAUGUGUAU